AUGAAUCAGUUGAAUAACAACUAGAAAUAAAGUUGCUCAAAUGAGAGACCUUCCAUUCGUACAGAACCCUGAAUUUGUGCCCUUAUUCUGUAAAUUCCUACCCAAGGGGCAAUGGGGUUAAUCUGGUAUGGUCAGUCGGUCAGGAGCUUACUGCUUGAUUAUGUCACUAACCUCACUCUGCUGCUACGUGUAACCUUGCAGAUACGUGACAGGAUAACAGAAAUGAGAAACGUAAUACUUGCAGCACUUCUGUCGUCGGUCGUGGCUUUGGUGACAGGAUAUGUGGAGGAACUCGAUGAGAAGUUUAGUGAAUAUCGACAGAAUGAAUAUUGGCUGGUGGAGUUUUAUGCUCCAUGGUGCGCAUACUGUCACACAUUCGAGCCAAUAUGGUAUGAAGUCGGUGCAGAGCUAAAGAGUCUGGGCUCUCCUGUUAAUGUUGGCAAGAUUGAUACCACAGUGCACACAAGCAUUGCUUCAGAGUUUAAUAUCCAUGGAUAUCCAACCAUAAAAUUCUUUAAAGGAGAGCUGUCUUUUGACUACAAAGGUCCACGAACAAAGGAUGCUAUUAUUGAAUUCACCAAUAGAGUUGCAGGACCUGUGGUAAGACAUCUCUCUAGUGUACAGUUGUUUCAGCAUGUCAUGAGUGCCCAUGAUCUCUUCUUUGUUUACAUUGGUGGAAAGUCGCUUCUCAAGGCAAAAUACCACAAAGCUGCAACCGAGUAUGUUAUCUACACAAAUUUUUUCUCUGCCUCUGUAGAUGUUCUUCCAAAAGCAGUGUCUCUGGAGGAAGUUCCUGUCGUCGCUGUGUUUAAAGACGGGACCUACCACCUGUACAAUGAAUUUCUUGAUGGGAAUUUGUCGUCCUGGAUCAAUCGAGAACGCUUUCCUUCAUAUUUCCAAAUUGAUAACUUCAGUCUCUACCAGAUGGGAGAACUAAGUAAACUUGUUGCAUUGGCAGUAGUAAAUGAGACAAAGCCAUCGGAAGAAAGCAUUCGUUACAAAACUCUGAUGGAAAGGUUAUCUACAGAAUACAGAGAUCUUUACAAAAAUGAUUACCAGUUCGGUUAUAUAAAUGACAAUGAAUACAUCAAUGGAUUAAUUAUGGGAAAAGUCAAGAUGCCAUCCAUCAUUGUGCUGAACAUGUCUAUUGAUGGAUACUUCCUACCAGAAAGUAAGAUUGAAACCAUUGAGGAUUUGCUUUAUUUCCUAAAUAGUAUAUCGGAGGGCAGAGCAAAGUUACUCGGAGGAAAUGGACUACUGCAGCAAACUAAAAGACAUUUCUAUAAAGCAAAGUUUAUUGUGGUGACAAUGUUCCAGACAGCUCCGGUCUUUUCCUGUUUUGUGUGUGGACUGCCGGUGGGUAUAGUUGUAUUGGUUAUCUGGGGUACGUGUACCGCUGUACCAGCAGAUGAUGAGAGACCUGAGGAAGAGGCCCCGGCAGCCAUAGGCAGUACUGCUUCUGAUGGGAACAAGGCAGAAGUAUUACAACAUGAGAGCAGAGAAAAGACUUCAGAAGCAAAGAAAGAGGAUUAACAUGGACUAAUAAUAUAGGAUAUGUUAAUCUUUACAAUGUGCUCUCCUUAUAAAUAUUCAAACACACCUGCAGCCAGGCAGCAUUGUUAUUGGUCUUCUAAAUAACAUAAAAACACUUCUGUGUGACUUUCAUUAUAUAAAACAGGUCAAGCACCUAUUGUCCGAUUCAUGUUUUUAACUUUCAUUUGGUGUGUAAGUGUGUGUAAGAACAUUUUAAAGGCGGAGUGCACAAUGUUUGAAAAACGCUUUGGAAAAGGAGACGGGCCGACUACCAAAACACACUUAUAGCCAAUCAGCAGUAAGGAGCGUGUCUACUAACCGACAUCCUUGCCGGGUUGCGUAUGUGUGGGGCGGGUCUUUUAAAAGAAGGUCCAGAUUCUAUUGGGGUAGGGGCGUGUUUGUUUAGGUGAUUUCAAAUAUCAACAUUGGCUUUCAAACAUUGUGCACUCCACCUUUAAUGAUAUGCAAAAGGUACAAACCCCAAAGUAAACGAUGACGUGAGUUAUCGUCUUCAACGUAAAUCUCUUUUCUUGGACUACAACAAACACACGGAUUGUAGGCAACAGUUUACUUCCUGGGAUUGUUGAAGACCGACAUUAUCAUAAUUCAUUCUGCUUCAGACUCACAGGCUGUAAGUUAACUCCUGAUAGCAACCGAAUCUUUCAAACAUGAUAAGGAGUGUCACAUUUCCGGCUAACGUCAUAAGUUUUUAGGCCAAUCACAACGUACAGAUUAGACGGCCAAUCAGGGACACAGAGCUUUUCAAAUCCAUAUGUUUCAGGAAGAGAGUGAAAUCUGGAGCUACAAAAAUGUACAGUAUGUGGAAAAUAAUGUGUUUUUUAACCAUAAACCACGCAAACA